GUACUCGAUUAUGACAUGUGGAAACUCUACCAGCCGAGUAGUCGAUGUCUGAUCAAACCUUUUCGAUUCCUUAAACCGUUUUGUGGCCAUGGCAUCAGGCGAAUCACCUGCCCCUCACCUGGUGAUUCCGAUUCCAAGGUUGUCGAGCUGUCAGUGGGAAGUGUGAGGGGUCGUCGGCAGAGUGGUAUUUAUGGUGAUGUGUUCUACAGCUUCGAGGGGAUUCCCUUUGCCAAGCCUCCACUUGGGAAACUCCGAUUUGUGGCCUCUCAACCAGCGGAUGCCUGGAACUCGGAGCUGGAUGCCCGGCAGGAAAGGUCAAUUCCCCUGCAAAUGGAUAGGCGGACGGGCAAGGUCAUCGGCAGCGAGGAUUGCCUGUACCUAAACGUGUACACCAAGCACUUUGAUGAAUCGAAGCCACCCCUUCCUGUUAUGGUGUAUAUAUACGGCGGAGGAUUUCGCACGGGCGGAGCUAUAAGGAGCAAGUACGGACCGGACUAUCUGAUGAGCAAGGAUGUUGUGUACGUGCUCUUCAACUAUCGCCUCUGCUCACUGGGAUUCCUUAGCAUGCCGAGUAGCGAGUCGAAUGUGCCGGGUAAUGCUGGACUCCAGGAUCAGUUGCUAGCUCUUCAAUGGGUUCGCCAGCACAUUCGCAACUUUAACGGAGACCCGCAGAAUAUUACGCUUUUUGGUGAGAGUGCUGGGGCUGCCUCGGUGCACUUUAUGAUGUGCCUGCCGCAGGCGAAGGGUCUCUUCCACAAGGCCGUUAUGAUGUCCGGAUCGAUUCUUAGUCCCUGGGUGGACGCUCCCGAAAAAAAGAGUUCAUUCUGCCGCCUGGCCAUGGCAGCCGGAUAUGAAGGACCAGUGGAAGAGGCCUCCAUGCUGAACUUUCUGCGUAGCGUGAAUGCAGAAAAGCUGAUGGGUCACGAAUUCAUCUCAGCCCGCGAUCGUUGCUUUGGCUUUCUCAACCCCUUUGUUCCCGUCGUCGGAGGCCUCAUUCAAUCGCCCUUUCAGCAGCUAAUGAAGGAAGCGUGGUCCUGCCAAGUGCCCCUGCUCCUGGGCGGGACUUCCUUUGAGGGACUGGUGUGCUACCCCUUUUGCCAGCUGGAUAAUGGUUACAUGCUGGAUCUGCUUAAAGAGGAACCGGCGAUGGUCCUGCCCCACGAGCUAUAUCACUCGAUGAGCGUCGAAGAGCGCAUCACCGCUUCCGAUGCUCUGGUGAAACAUCACUACGGACCCCGAGGAAUCACCAAGUGUAAUAUCACACAGAUUCUAGACCUCUUCAGCUACAAGCUCUUCUGGCACGGCAUCCACCGGGUGGUCCUCUCCAGAUUAUCCCACGCCCAAGCACCCACCUAUCUAUACCGGUUCGACUUCGAUUCGCCAAAGUUGAACCUGAUGCGAAACCAGCUUUGCGGUGAUGACAUCAAACGCGGUGUCUGUCAUGCGGACGACUUGGGCUACGUUUUCCACAAGCAGGCCCAAAAGAAGCAGCCGCUGGAUUCGGCGGAAUACCUGACCAUCCAGCGAAUGAUGGGCAUAUUGACGUCCUUUGCCAGGACCGGCAAUCCCAACUGCCCGGAGACGGGACCGGAUCAGUGGCUACCCGUCUCCACGAAGUCCCCCUUCAAGGUAUUGAACAUUGGCCAGGAGGUGGAGUGCGUAACACAAGUCGAAAAGGAGGGUCUGGAAGUGUGGAAUCGAUUAUAUAUUUCGGUUUGGCGCUGGCGCGAUACAGUACGCAGCUCGUGGCCAUAUCUGUGUAUAAUACACAAAGUGAAUCGAUCGGAUCGCGGUGCCUGGCGAACUAGUCUAUUCGAUAUGAACAAGAACCUCGGCUUUGUGGAGCGCCUGCGCUGGCGCCUCAAAACCAUCGAGCAUAAAGUCCAGCAGUAUCGUCAGUCCACCAACGAAACAGUUGUUGCCGAGACGGAGUAUGGAAAAGUGCGGGGAGUCAAGCGACUGUCGCUUUACGAUGUGCCCUACUUCAGCUUCGAGGGAAUCCCCUACGCCCAGCCGCCGGUGGGGGAGUUGCGAUUCAAGGCUCCACAGAGGCCCACCCCCUGGGAGGGAGUAAGAGACUGCAGCCAGCCCAAGGAUAAGGCCGUGCAGGUGCAAUUCGUCUUCGAUAAGGUCGAGGGCUCCGAGGACUGUCUUUAUUUGAAUGUUUACACCAACAAUGUCAAGCCCGAUAAACCCCGACCGGUUAUGGUUUGGAUCCAUGGAGGUGGCUUUAUUAUUGGCGAGGCCAAUCGGGAAUGGUAUGGUCCGGACUACUUCGUGAAGGAAGAUGUGGUUCUCGUCACUAUACAAUAUCGUCUUGGUGCUUUGGGUUUUAUGAGUCUAAAGUCCCCAGAGCUAAAUGUACCCGGAAACGCUGGCCUCAAAGAUCAGGUGUUGGCUCUCAAGUGGAUCAAGAAUAACUGCGCCAGUUUCGGGGGAGAUCCCAACUGCAUCACCGUUUUCGGAGAAAGUGCAGGAGGAGCAUCGACUCAUUACAUGAUGAUAACCGAGCAGACCCAGGGACUAUUUCAUCGCGGUAUUUUGCAGUCGGGCAGUGCCAUUUGUCCUUGGGCCUACAACGGCGAUAUUACCCAUAACCCCUACAGGAUAGCCAAGCUGGUCGGCUACAAGGGCGAGGACAACGACAAGGAUGUGUUGGAGUUCCUGCAGAACGUGAAGGCUAAAGAUCUCAUACGGGUCGAGGAGAAUGUGCUGACCCUGGAGGAUCGCAUGAACAAGAUUAUGUUUGCCUUUGGGCCUUCUCUGGAACCAUUCUCGACGCCCGAGUGCGUGAUACCCAAGCCGCCCAAGGAGCUGAUGAAGACCGCCUGGAGCAACUCCAUCUCCAUGAUGAUAGGAAACACUUCCUACGAGGGACUGCUGUGGAUGCCGGAGAUCAAGAUGUUGCCACAGGUUGUGAAGGAGGUGGAUGCUGGUACUCCGUUUAUUCCCAGGGAAUUGCUGGCCACGCAACCUAGCAAAGAAAAGCUGGACUCUUGGAGUGCUAAGAUUCGCGAUGCUCAUCGCACUGGGGCAGAAAGCACCCCAGAUAAUUACAUGGAUCUCUGUUCGAUUUACUACUUCGUGUUUCCGGCCCUGAGGGUGGUCCAUUCCCGACACACCCAUGCCGCCGGAGCCCCUGUAUAUUUCUACCGAUUUGAUUUCGACUCCGAAGAGCUCAUCUUCCCUUACCGCAUUAUGCGAAUGGGACGUGGUGUCAAGGGAGUGAGCCAUGCAGACGAUUUAACAUAUCAAUUCACAAGUCUGCUGGCCCGUCGAUUGCCCAAAGAGAGUCGCGAGUACCGGAACAUCGAGCGAACUGUGGGCAUCUGGACCCAGUUUGCAGCCACUGGAAGUCCCUAUAACGAGAAGAUCAACGGAAUGGACACUUUGACCAUUGAGCCUGUUCGAAAGUCCGACGAGGUCAUCAAGUGCCUCAACAUUAGUGAUGACCUGAAGUUCAUCGAUUUGCCCGAGUGGUCCAAAGUAAAGGUUUGGGAGAGCCUAUAUGAUGACACCAAGGAUUUAUUGUUCUAAGGCAAACAAGUGUACAGCUAAAUAAUUAUCUAGAAAUUGUAUAUACGACCAAAUGAUUUAUUAAAUAUAUUCCAUAAUGUGCUUGUUCAA